GCAGCCGCCUGAAUUUCCAUAAUAAAAAUCACGCCUUUAUUGAAAAAAAUGAGAACUGCAUGAUCGGUCCAUACCAAGAAAGCAGCCUCAAUUUCUGCCGUUUCCUUUUCUUCUUCUUCUCAUUCUUAUCCUUUUAUUGCUCCCUUGGACGUUUCCGUUACGAAAAUUCUUCUACUGUGAUCAGAGAGAGAGAGGUGCGGAUGGGUUGAGGAUGGACGAGAACAGCAGCUGGUGUUCAUCAUCGAAGCUGCUGAUUGGAGCCUAGUCCUUAUUUGCUCCUCGGUUGGUGAUAAAAAUCAGAAGAUAAUCCACAACAUUCAGUUUCAGCUUUGUCGGCCUUCUGAAGUGUGGUUUUUCGGUGACACCUGGCUCUUACUCGAACUUGGAUUGGUUGCCUAAUUUUAUUUGUGCAACACCUGUUCUUCCCAAUUUUGGACACUCUUCUGCUCGCUUCUGUUGAUGACUACAUUAGCAAAUUCAGACCCAGUACACCUGUACUCAUGGUGGGGCAAUCAUAUCAGCCCCAAAAAUUCCAAGUGGAUUCAGGAUAAUGUUCAAGACAUGGACGUGAAGGUUAAAGCAAUGAUCAAGCUCAUAGAAGAAGAUGCUGAUUCUUUUGCAAGGAGAGCAGAAAUGUAUUACAAGAAACGUCCUGAACUUAAAAAGUUGGUGGAUGAAUUUUAUCGAGGGUAUCGUGCCUUAGCAGAACGAUAUGAACAGUCAACUAGAUUGCUCCGUCAUGCUCAUCGAACAAUAGCUGAGGCAUUGCCCAACCAAAUUCCUUUGUUGUUUCCUGAUGAAUCUCCUACCGCUUUAUCAGCUAAUGUGUUGGACCCGCAAUCACCCAAAAUCUUUUCACCAAUUUAUACACAAUAUGACUCAGAUGAUUUCAAAAAAGAAGCAUUUGGAUUGUUCCCUGAUUUUUAUGUCAAAAAAAGAAAUGGAGCAGAUUAUGAAGAAAGUGAUCCGCUGUCUGGAAGAAAGGGAAUCAAUCAAUACGAUGAGAAGCUUCCAGAUGGCGAGGGGGCAGCACGUGCAUAUUCUUCAGUAGGGAAGGUGAAAAAAGUUCUGCAUUCUUUGGAGGUAGAGGUUAAGGCUAUUGAGAACAAAGCAGAAAACCAUGAUCAAGAAGCUAAAGUGAAACGAGGUGCAAGCAAUGUGAUAAGAAAGCUGCAACAAGAUGUAUCCGAGUUGUCAUCAGAGAUACAUGUUUUGAAAGACCAGAUAAUGGAAGAAUCUAAGCGUGCUAAUAAUGCUGAAAAUGAAGUUCAAAGUUUAAAGGGAACCCUUUCUAGAUUGAACUCCGAGAGGGAUGAAACUCAUCUCCAACAAAAGAUAUCUCUUGAAAGAAUAUCUAGUCUUGAACUACAUUUCUCUCAUACAGAAAAUGAAUUGUGUAAACUUCGUGAUGACAUGGCAAAGGAAGUCGAUAAACUUAAAAAUGUUGAAGAGCUCAAUCUAUCUCUACAAUGGGAUUUGGAGACACUAGAACUGAAAGCAAGGAUGCAAGAGAAAGAAAUCAACCAAAAGCAAGAAGAUUUGAACAAACUCCAAAGUACUUUACAAGAGAAAUACCAGAACUUGAAGGCUUUGGAACUUUCUAAUAAAAGUCUAGAGGAAGACAUUAUCAAACUUAAGGAGGAAAAUAGUAGCUUAAAUGAAGAGAAAGUUCACUCUGCUUUGAUGCUGAAAGGUCUCCAAGAAGAAAUAAUUUUGCUAAAGGAAAAGGAAAUGGAAUUGGAAGAUAAAAUUGCUAUCCUUGUAGAAGAAAAGGAAGUUCUUGCUCAAGAGCUUUAUCAUGUCAAAAAAGAAAAGGAUGAUUUAGAACAGAGGCAUCAAGAUCUAAUGGAGAAAAUGCAAGCAGUCGAUUUAUGUGUAGAGUUGCUUCAGACAGCCAUUAAGGAAUUGCAAAUUGGUAACUAUGAGCUGAAAGAAGCACGCAAGAAACAUGAGGCUGAAAAGGAUCUUUUUGAGGAGAAGCUGAAAGACAUGGAUAAAAUUUCAGAGAAGAAUGCUGUCUUGUAUAAGCUUCUUUCUGAUGUAAAAAAUGAAUUAGAAGAUUUAAGAGGGAAAUUUACAGCAUUGGAAAGUACACAUGAGUCUCUGAAAAGUGAAAUUUCUGUUUAUAUAAGUGAGAGGGAUUCACUUGCUGCACAGGUAAAGAUUCUUUCAGGAAACCUGGAGAUGCUUUCAGCGAAGAAUUCCCUUCUGGAGAAUUCUCUGUCUGAUGCAAGCAAUGAAGUUGAGAGUUUGAGGUCAAAGCUGAUGGGCUUUGAAAAUUCGUGCCAGUCACUCAAUGACCAAAACUCAACGCUUCAUGCUGAAAGGGGCGUUCUUAUUUCUCAGUUGGAAAGCAUAACCAUUAACCUUGAAGAUUUGGAUAGUAGGCAUAAAGAAAUUAUGGAUAAGCACUUGAAUUUGUUGAGAGAGAAGGAUCAGAUGAUCAAUCAGGUGAAGCAGCUUGAAGAUGCUCUGAGAUUAGAAACAGAACAACAUGAAACUCUCAUCCAUUCAUACAAAAACCUGCUAUGUACUUCUGAAAAUAAGAUUUCUAUCCUGCAAGAGGAAUAUCAUGAUAAAGAGAAACAGCUUCAAUCUGAACAACAUGAUCUUAUUGGUACUUUGGUGGAAAAAUUUGUCCUAGAAAGGAGCUUGUAUGAUUUUAAAGAAGCGAAUUUGGCUCUUUCCUUUGAAGCUCAAAAGCAUAUAGAAGCUUGCAGAAGUGCAGAAAUACUAAUUUCAGAGCAGGAGCAGGAGAUACUCAUUCAAACAAAAAAGAUACUGUCAUUAUCUAAUUAUAAUGAGAGAUUAAUUCAUUGGAUCAAUCUGAUAGUGAAAGCACUUUCCAUAGACAAAGAGUUUAGAUCUCUGGAAGAUAUCCAGGAUGAAGUUCUUUUAGAGAUAAUUCUAUAUCAAAUUCAAAAACUUUUUGAUUCUGUUUCAGAAGUGGAGAGUAAUAACAUAGAACUGCAUCUUCAGACAUCAGUUAUUACUACCCUAUUGAGACAUAUAGGUAUGGAUGUCUUCAAUCUUGGGUUGCAGAAGUAUUCUCUUGAAAGUGAGCUUGAAAUGAAAAAUGAAAAGUUGUUUUCCUUGGAUAAUGAAAAGCGUGAAAUGAAAGGAAGGGAAGCUCUACUGCUGAUCGACCUGGACGCAAGUAACCAAAGGGAAGAAGUAUUGAAGAAUGCAAUCAAUGUCCUGAGGGCACAGGUAACUGAUCUGAAAAAAGUUCUACAAAGAAGAGAGUAUGAGAUUACCAAUCUAAUCCAAGAGAAGAAGAGUCUAUCACUGGACUUCUGUAACUUAAGUCAAAAACACAAUGCUUUAGAAGGGGAGCACCUUGAAAUUGUUGUUGAAGCCAUGAGCCUGGAUCAUCUUUAUCUGUUAUCUGACAGUCUACAUGCUGAGAGACUCACAGAAUUGAAGUCCCUCAAUUAUGAUGUAGAAUCUCUUCAUGUGAUUAAGAACCGUCUUGCGGAUGAGAUUACUAGAUUAAAUGAGAAAAUAAGUGUGCUUGAGGCUGAAAAGAUGUUUUUCUCUGGCUCUGUUCUCUAUCUGGAAGAAGAGCUGAGAAAUCGCCUAUUAAGUUUACAGUUUGAUCUGGACAUUGUCACUAGCUUAUUUGAAGAACUAGAUGUUUGUACAGAAACAACAAUGAAUAAAUUGAUGCAAACAGAAGCACAGCUAUCAGAAGCCAAUCAGAAUCUUCAAUCCAUCCAUGACAAAAACAUGGUAUUGAAAGAACUUCUUGAGUCUCUUGAACUGGAUAAUUCUGAGAUUAAACUGGCUAAAGAAGAGAUGGAGGGGGAUUUCUCAAUUAUUUCACAAGAAAUUGUUGAUAGAAAUGAGAAAAUUAGAUGUCUUGAGAAAGAAAAUAAGAUGAUGCAAAGGAACAUCAAUGAGAUGCAUCAAAGGGUUGAAGUUCUUCUAUGCUAUCAGGAACAACUAAUCUCAGACCUAAAGAAAGAAACAAGUGAGACUAUACUAUGUGAAGGCGAAAUAUCAGAAAUGAUGGGUGAUAUUCAGACUUUAACAAUUAAUGCAGCAGUGCAGGAUGAAAAGUUUCAUGACCUGAUAGUGGAAACCAAGAUUUGCGACCUUGUGCAAAGAGAAGUACUUAUUUCUGAACUUGAUUUUAUCAAGGAAAAUGUGGAAGAUCUUCAGAAUAAGCUUCAUGAAAUUGAGGGAGAAAAUCAAGGACUGAAGGCUGAUGUAGGUACACUCUUGUCAAUGCUAAACUCCUUGUGGGAUAGUAUUAUUUCUAUGGAAGAACAAAUUGUGUCAACUCCAAAGGCUAAACUAUUCGACAAUCAGGCAGAACAGAAAAUUUCCUUUGUGCCUCAACACGGCCACGAAGCAGAUCAAUUUAGUGAAAAUCAUAUGAGCACAAAAGUAAUUGGAGUCUUCCUGUUGGAGAGGUUGAUUGACAAAGUCAAAACUCUUGAAAGGGUGAUAAGAGACGGGAAAGGAAAAUUAAAGCAAGAAAUGAUUGAUUCCAGUGUCCAUCUGAAUAUAGCAAGCAAAGAUGACAAUGGGUAUCCAAAAGGUGAUCAAAUGAUCAAAGACAUUCAACUUGAUCAGGCUAUAGGCUCCUUGCCAUCAAGAGAGAAGUUACAUAAAGAAAUAGGAUAUAAUCCUUCGCUGGAAAUUAACACUGACGAGUUGAUCAUUGACCAGUUAGAUUCUCCAAAAUCAUCAAUGGAAUCACUACAAGAACGGAACAUGGUUCAAAAAAGGUUUGAUUCUGAUUUGCAAAGGCUACUAGCACUAAAGGCAAGCAUAGAUGAGCUGAAAAAGAGAAUAACUUCUAAAGCAGAUAAACUGCCUGCCAUCUAUGGGUAUGACUCUCUGAAAGAACAGUUGGAGGAGGCAGAAGCUGGCAUGUUGGAGCUAACGGAUACAAAUAAUAGGCUGAAAUUGAUGGCUGAAAAUUGCAGUUCGUUGGAUAGUGGAACCCACAAAUCUGAAGGUACAUAUAAAAUGGAAAGAAUGCAAAUCUCAGAACAGGCAAAGGGGGGAUCCAAAGAUGUUGCAAGGUUGGAGCUCAAGUUGCAGAAAAUCCAAUAUGUUUUAAUGAAACUUGAAGAAGAAUUUGAAUACAGACAGGACAAAGGAUUGCAAAGAAACAGAGUAUCUUUAAGGGAUUACCUUUAUGGGAGGAGAGAUAAUGAGAGCGAGAGAAAGCGCAAUCCAUUUUGUGGUCUCAUGAGGCCUAGAACUAAAGUCCAGCACUGAUUUUUGGAAUCGUCAUCAACCAAAAUGAGCCUGUACAGUCUGGGUUUUUUAGUCAUGAUUACAGUUAGUUUAAGAUAUAUAGUCUUCCUUAUUUUCAUGUUAUUCUGCUAUGAAAUAACAUUUUCUGUAUAAUGUUA